AUGUCGAUGUUUCGCUCACCGGCCGACAUUUCCUCGAGCUCUGACUCUGAGACUGAAACUGAGGCCGAAGACAAGCAAAUUCAGUAUUCAGGGGCAUCUACUCCACGCCAUUCGAUAAAAAGUCAAUCCUACAGCCCGCAAAAGGGCAAGACCAGCCAACCUCUGGGAAAGUCAGAAUCCACGGACCCGGAUACUUCGGUUUCCUUUGAUGAUGGCUCCAAACCACCAGAUGAAAUGGUAGAUCUCAAUGUGGACCAGCAUGCGAAUGUGAUGACAGCUGCCCUUUUGGAAUUCUAUUGCCAAAGUCGAGCAGCAGACAUCCUCAAUGCCCAAAGCAGCUCAGGCAAACAGUUCAGCCGACACAGCCCGGAGGCUAUAUAUCUCGGUAAAAAGCUGUACAAAUACAAAUCAGACUUUUUGUCGUCUCACGGCGUGCUGGCCGGUGGCAUUGACAGAGAGGAGAUGGGGCCAAGCAGGCAAACUUAUCGUAACAACCUUGAUCUGCUCGGAAUAUCAGCCCUCAAAGAAAUGAAACUUCAUGAAUCCCACGCCCGAUCGCCCACGAUUGGUUCCGGCGAAGACCAUUCUUUGAUCAAAAAGUUAUCAUCAAGGGCCGACUUUGGAAGCUUUGAUGCUCCGGCCUUGAUCCGACGCAAGACUGAACCGAAUUAUGCAUUCGAAAACCAGCUGCAUUCUGGCAGAAAGGUCGAUUUCUUGCCCACUGUUCCUGACAUUCCACGAAAUCUAUCCCAACCUUCGUUUCCUUUAUUUGGCAGCUCACCUGCCGGUAUGCCAUUGUUCCACUCUCCAACAACGCAAACAUACAACCAUUCUUCAAGGUAUUCUGUUGAAUUCAAACAACUCAAAAUCUUGGGACGUGGGUCCUUCGGCGAGGUAUUCCAUGUAACAAAUCAUAUUGAUGGUCAAGACUAUGCAGUCAAGAAAAUUCCACUCAGCCAAAGACGGCUUGAGCAGCUGCAGUUCGGAGGCCAAAAUCAGCUUGAGGUCAUCAUGAAAGAAAUUCGAACACUUGCUCGUCUUGAGCACACGAAUAUCGUUCGGUAUUAUGGAGCAUGGGUUGAACAAGCCAAUCAUGCAAGUCCAUCGCCCGACGAAUUUCACCCAGCUCACGACACGUUCGAGUCACCACGAAACGACCUGCCUUCACCAGAUACGCCAAAUGAACCGAGUAUGGGUAUAGUUUUUGGGCACUCCGAAAACUCAAAUCCAGAGUCCCAGGCGAGCUCUUUGACCGAGGAUCAUAGCUUCUCCGAAAGCAUUCGACGCUGGGACAGCCAUGCGACUAGCUCAUCCCGCCAAUCAAAAAAGAGUUCGGGAAGAGGCUUGGAGGACGAAGAGGAAGAUAUAGAGUCGAUUCCCCGUACUUUUGACAACACUUCAUAUGAGGAAACAUCCACAUUUGGAGAAACAGAUGACAUCUUCACCGACGGACUGAGUCAAGAUCAGUCAAAACUCCAGGUGCAAACCAAUUGCCGACCUGGCCACCCACCACCCGCGGUCAUCCUUCACAUUCAGAUGUCACUUCACCCCAUAUCACUUGGGUCUUAUCUCAACCCCCAAGCCGCUUCUAAACCCGAUGAGCAUUCACUUGCCAGACGUCAUUGUUUCCACUUGCUGCCAUCUUUGAAGCUGUUGAUCGACAUCGUUUCGGGCGUGGAGUACCUCCAUGCGAAGGGAAUUGUGCACCGAGACUUGAAACCAGCGAAUAUCUUCCUGUGUGCACCGGAAAGCACAACAGCAGACAUCUGUGUUUCCUGCAGCUCAAGUGAAGCUUGUCUGGUCCAAUUCUGUCGUCCCCGCAUUGGAGACUUUGGUCUAGUGGCAGACAUCUCUCACCUCAACGAGGUCACUUCGGGGGCCGUGACACCAUAUCGAGAGGGUCCGAAGAUCCAGCGGGUAGUUGGGACCGAGUUCUAUCGUCCUCCAGCCAAUGUAUCUGGGGUCCCGAGUGACCCCAACUCCCCGGCAGAUUACUUUGACGAGUACAAGAUUGACGAGAAACUGGAUGUUUAUGCACUGGGUGUCAUUCUUUUCGAGACACUAUAUCGUCUGAACACAAAGAUGGAGAGACAAUUUGUGUUGAGCGAUCUAACUCGCGGAUCAAGCCAAGACCAUACUGAGCGCACCAUUUUCCCGACCGACUUUGCCGCCAAGAUCGACCAAGGCUCGAUGAUAUUGGAUGAUGGAAUCACCGUUGCAGAGUCUCUGAAGAAAUGUAUGAAAGGCAUGCUUGAACCUCGAUCGCAACAUCGUUGGAGUUGCCAGGAUGUCAAGGAACAUUUGCGGAGGAUCAAGAAGGCCGUUCGUCGCGCUGAGGCACAAUAA